AUGACAAAUGGAGUUUUUCAAAAUCUACUUGAGAUCAGCGAAGAUAGCAGUUUAAAACUCAAAUACCGUGAAGGAAGCCAAGAAGAGUUCUGGAUGCAGAAUUGUAGGGGACUGAACACGAAAACUGCUGAAUUCUAUAAAAAUUGCUUGGAAGGUAAUUAUGAUGUAGUAGUAGCUGUAGAAACAUGGCUUCGGGAGGAUAUGGUUGAUGGAGAACUAAUUGAUAUAAAUGUAUUUAACUUAUUGAGAUCUGACAGAAACCUGGAGAUUUCUGGCAAAACUAAGGGAGGAGGAGUAUUAAUGGUAAUAAAAAAGGAGCAUAAGAUUUUAAAAGUAACACAACAUUGUUCAUCUUUUGAAAUUUUGGUUGCGGAUUUAAAAAUUAAUAACAAAUUAAAUAUAAAAUUAAUUGGAGUGUAUAUUCCACCAGAUUGUAAAUUACAUGACUAUGCGAAUUGCUUCGAAUUGUUACAAACACAUAUUACUGAUAUUAAUAACACGUUUAUUUUUGGCGACUUCAAUAUUGCAGAAAUUAAAGGAACCGAAAAUCUAGAUUUUACUAAUGGAAGUGCUAAGUUUAAAAGUAUGAUUGAGUUUUUAAAUUUUAAUUCAUUUUUGCUUUAUAACAAUGUAAAAAACUGGCAGGGCAAAACUUUAGAUCAAGUAGUAGCAUCUGCAGAUAAUAUAAAUAGUUGUAAGGUAUGUCAAGAGCAGUUACCGUUAGUAAAGGAAGAUAGAUUACAUCCAUCUCUGGAAAUUCAACUUUCAUUUACAGUAUCAAGUUUUAGACAAACAGAUAAGUUAGUUGGUAAUAGAUUUAAUUUUAAAAAAGCAAAUUUUGAUUUGAUGUGUGAUUUGAUGAGAAAUAUGACGUGGGAAGCUGUAACAGAGGAAAUAGAGGUAGAUAAAGCUCUAGAUAUCUUUUACUCAAAAGUACUUAAUAUAUUUGAAGGAUCUGUACCACAAUAUAAUAUUUACAAGAAUUAUUCUAAUUUUCCGAAAUGGUUUACGCCUGAUAUCAAAAAGUUGCUCAAACAAAAAAAUAAUUUUAGAAAGUUAAGACAUGUUUCAAUUUAUUUUAACAAUCAAUUUAUAGAGACCAGAAAAAAACUGAAAUCAUUAAUUAACAUAGAGCACAGGAAAUAUAUACGGCAAAUUGAGGAAAAUAUAGAAAAUGAGUUUAACAAUUUCUGGAAUUUCAUUAAUAAUAAGAAUUCUAAGUCUAAUCAAACAGAAAUAUUUUAUUUUGGGGGUAAAGAAAUAAAUCAGAGUGAUACUGCUAAUGAGUUUGCGAAAUAUUUUGAUUUUGAAUCUGUUUAUUCUACCGACAUUUCCUGCUAUAACACUAAUUUUACAAAUAUUAUUAGUAAUAACAAUGUUUUGAAUUUACCAUCAAUAACAAGCGUAGAUUAUGAUAAUGCAGUCAAAAAGCUGAAACCAAAGAAAGCUGCCGAUAGUGAUGAUUCUGUCAAUGAUCCCAAUUCUGAACUAGAAGAGCCAGAACGUAAGACUGAAAAGUUUAUAAUAAAAUUAGCAUACCUCUUGGACAUAUUUAAGAAAUUAAAUGAUCCUAAUAAGUCUUUGCAGGGAAACAAUACUCAUAUCCUGCCAUUGGCAGAUCAAAUUACUUGGUUUCAAAAGAAGUUGUUCUUAUGGAAGAGAAAAUUAGAAUAUCAAGAAAUUGACUAUUUCCCUGCUUUACAAGGAAUUCUACAAGAAAAAUCGAUAGAAAUCCUCGAUCCCUCUUUAAAAAAUAUGUUUACGCAACACAUGUCAUCAUUGAGCGAACACUUUGAGAAAUAUUUUCCCGAAGAUCUGGAGCAAUAUGACUGGGUCAGAAACCCUUUCCAGUUAUCCACACAAUUGACACUUUUAACAGAGGAAGAAGAACAACUGACAGAAUUGUCCUAUGAUUCUAACCUAAAGCUUUUGGAGCUCAGUUUCUCAUGA